GGGGAUAUGGGACGGUGGCUGGCUACGUUUCUCCGUUUCAGUGGAUAAUUGUCAGUGAGAGUGGAGCUUGGUUUCGCAUGUCAAUUCCUCUCAUUUGAAUCACAAUCGGAUAAACAGCGAUGAAAACAAAACCACUUAAUCAGUGCUAGAGAGCAAGCUGGCUUCGCUGCGGGAGAUGCGCGAACACAAUGGGAGACGUCGCACUCCGAUUGGAAUACAGUGGUGGCAAUAAUGUGUUUUCUAAAAUAAGGGGUGGACAGUCGAGGGUGAUAUUACAGCAAUAAUUUCACAAUUUCCCGGACCCUAAUGUCAGAGUGGUUUUGGAAUGAGUGGAUUACAUCACUCUGGGAAAAGUAUAUUUUGACAGGACGGUAGGAAUUUUGAUGGAAGCCUCGCAGCUCGUGAAGCCGGACAUGCGCUAAAUGAAGACGCUGUGCCUGUUUGUUUGCAGCUGAAAUCCACUAGGAAGCAAUUUACGACGCAGUAGUAAUCAGUGAAUUUAACAUCUGGAUAAGCGAAAAAAGUCAGUUCAAUAUUUCUUCACUGCAGAUAUUGGUAUGAAUAGGAAUAUUCCUUUCCAGUCAUUGCCAGUUAUAAUUCUACGUCUUCGGAGCGCCGGUGAACACCAUCUGUCUUCACAGAGUCGCGUCUGUCUCACUUGUGUAUUCAGCGUGUUUCAGUUCAUGCCUCUAAAGAAUGUACCUACUUGACGGUAACUACACUGACAGGAUGGAUCGAGGAACGCCACAAAGGAAAACCGUGUACCGGAUCUCUCUCACCUUGGUUAAAAAAGAAAGCUUGCAGGAUGGAAGCGCUUCGGCGCAGCGACGCAUCGAGAAUCCCAAAGUGGGCGCUUACCGUCGCGAGGGCUCCUCGGAGAUUCAGAGGAGUUGCUUGCUCGAGGAGUUGAGAGAGGUCGAUGAUGAAUCGGACGAUUUCUCCUCGCACAACAACAUGAGGAAUUUCAGAACGUUUAGCACUGGCCAGCUGGAACUGGGGAGACUCAAAUUGUCCAGGAAGGUGCAUCAUUUACACAAGGACUUAAAGGAAACGGCGACCAGCCCCGUGACAGGAGAUGGUAAGGGAACUUCGGAAAACAUUUCACCACAGAGCCAGAACGCGCAUGAUGGGGUAAGUGGGGCACAGGAAGGGUCCAGGGACACGGACAGGAUUCAGGGAGACACCCGCACCGAGAAGGACCCGACCUCGAAAGCGCCCGCCGCCAACGGCGAGAACGGCGGCGUCCACAAAAAGCAACGCCUCCUCAAGGCCAAGAGCACGGAAGAAAGGACCACGGAGGCGCCCGCCAACGGGGACGGGAGCGCCGCCGGGCCGCCCAAGAGCAACGGCAAGGCGCCCCCCCCGAGACCACCCCCCCCCCUGAAGAGACCCCCCAGCCUGCUGCGCCGCAGCUUCAGCUUCCGCCACUGGACGGGCGGCGAGCUGCUCCGCCUCCGCGCCCUCUCCAGGGACAAGCACCACAGCAGCUCCGGGUGCAUCGGCCGCGACGAGGCGGCCCGCGGAGGAGGAGGAGGGGCCGACGAGCCCGCCGACGCCGCCAUGGUCCUCCGGAACCCCAGCUACGGCGAGUCGGACCCGCCGGAGAGGAAGAGGAACACCCUGGAGGUGGGCGCCGUGUUGAACAGGGCCGACCCGGCGCUGGAGGAGGCGGGCCGGCGGGAGCGGGCCCGGGGCAAGAACCGCACGCUGGACAACAGUGACCUCCUGCAGCUGUCGGAGAAGAGCGUGGCGGAGAAGGAGGGCUUCCUGAGGGGGGCGGGCGGGCGCUCCAGCGGCCACGAGAGGCGCCUGGUGCGCUUCUUCAGCGGCAUCUUCUCCCGGAGGGACGGCGGCGGGGCCACGUCCACGCCGCUGGGCAGCCCCGGCAGCGCGCGGCCCCUCUGGAGGGGCCCCGGGAGGCGGGGCGGAGCGGCCGGCUCCCAGUCCAGCACGGAGAGCAUGAACGGGAGCCAGGCCGACGACGCCUUUGUGAACAGCCAGGAAUGGACCCUGAGUCGAUCUGUACCAGAACUUAAAGUGGGUAUUGUGGGUAACCUGGCCAGUGGGAAGUCAGCCCUGGUGCACAGGUACCUGACCGGGACCUACGUACAGGAGGAGUCACCUGAAGCCGACGUGGAUGCAGGGGGGCGCUUUAAGAAGGAGAUAGUUGUGGAUGGCCAGAGCCACCUGCUCCUCAUCAGAGAUGAAGGGGGCCCCCCGGAGGCCCAAUUUGCCCUGUGGGUGGACGCGGUCAUCUUUGUGUUCAGCCUGGAGGAUGAGAUCAGCUUCCAGACUGUGUACCACUACUACAGCCGCAUGGCCAACUACCGCAACACUGCAGAGGUUCCCCUGGUUCUGGUCGGAACACAAGACGCCAUCAGCUCGGCCAACCCCCGGGUCAUCGAUGACACGCGGGCGCGCAAGCUGUCCAACGACCUGAAGCGCUGCACCUACUACGAGACGUGCGCCACCUACGGCCUCAACGUGGAGCGAGUCUUCCAGGACGUGGCUCAGAAGGUUGUGGCGAGCAGGAAGAAGCAGCAGUUGUCUAUUGGUCCCUGCAAGUCCCUCCCCAACUCCCCCAGCCACUCCUCAGUGUGCUCCACACAGGUGUCUGCCGUGCACAUCAGCCAGACCAGUAACGGGGGAGGCAGCCUGAGUGACUACUCGUCGUCGGUGCCCUCCACCCCCAGCACCAGCCAGAAGGAGCUGCGCAUCGACGUGCCCCAGGCCACCAACACCCCCACGCCCGUCCGCAAGCAGUCCAAGCGCCGCUCCAACCUGUUCACCUCCCGGAAGGCCAGCGAGCCCGACAAGGACAAGAAAGGUCUGGAGGGCCGAGCAGACAGCAUUGGAAGCGGGCGCGCUAUCCCAAUUAAGCAGGGCAUGCUGUUGAAGAGGAGUGGCAAAUCCCUCAACAAGGAGUGGAAGAAAAAGUACGUCACGCUGUGUGACAACGGACUGCUCACCUACCACCCCAGCCUGCACGACUACAUGCAGAACGUGCAUGGGAAGGAGAUCGACCUGCUGAGGACCACGGUGAAGGUUCCGGGGAAGAGGCCCCCCAGGGCCGUGUCCACUUGUGCUGCCGUGCCCAGCCCCAAGACCAACGGCCUGGCCAAGGAGCUGAGCAGCAUGCAGCUGGGACAGGCCCCUGGUUCGGUGACCAGCAGCUCGUCGGCGUCCCAGAUGGCGAGCGGCAUCAGCCUGGUGUCCUUCAACAGCCGCGGUGACGGCAUGCACCAGCGCUCCUACUCCGUGUCCAGCGCCGACCAGUGGAGCGAGGCCACCGUCAUCGCCAACUCGGGCGUCAGCACCGACACAGGACUGGGGGACUCGGUGUGCUCCAGCCCCAGCAUCUCCAGCACCACCAGCCCCAAGAUGGACCCGCCCCCGUCGCCGCACGCCAACCGCAAGAAGCACCGCAGGAAGAAGAGCACCAGCAACUUCAAAGCCGACGGCCUCUCUGGUACUGCGGAAGAACAAGAGGAGAACUUUGAGUUCACCAUCGUGUCGCUCACGGGUCAGACGUGGCACUUCGAGGCCACGUCGUACGAGGAGCGAGACGCCUGGGUCCAGGCCGUCGAGAGCCAGAUCCUGGCCAGCCUGCAGUCCUGCGAGAGCAGCAAGAACAAGUCUCGUCUGACCAGCCAGACGGAGGCCCUGGCCCUCCAGUCUGUGAGGGCCCUGCGGGGGAACUCCCGCUGUGUCGACUGUGAGGCCCAGAACCCAGACUGGGCUAGUCUCAACCUGGGCGCUCUGAUCUGCAUCGAGUGCUCGGGGAUCCACAGGAACCUGGGCACCCACCUGUCCCGCGUGCGCUCCCUGGACCUGGACGAGUGGCCCCUGGAGCUCAUCAAGGUCAUGUCGGCCAUCGGCAACGAGCUGGCUAACAGCGUGUGGGAGGCCAACGCCCAGGGCGGCCUCAAGCCUGCUCCCGACGCCAGCAGGGAGGAGCGCGAGCGCUGGAUCCGGGCCAAAUACGAGCAGCGCGUGUUCCUGGCGUCGCUGGGGCCCUCGGAGCUGUCUCUGGGGCAGCAGCUGCUGCGGGCCACGGCGGAGGAGGACCUGCGCGCCGUGGUGCUCCUGCUGGCCCACGGCACCCGGGAGCAGGUGAACGAGACGUGCGGCGAGGGCGACGGGCGCACCGCCCUGCACCUGGCCUGCCGCAAGGGCAGCGUGGUCGUCACGCAGCUGCUCAUCUGGUACGGAGUGGACAUCAUGGCGCGGGACGCCCACGGCAACAGCGCGCUGGCGUACGCGAGGCAGGCCAGCAGCCAGGAGUGCGUGGACACGCUGCUGCAGUACGGCUGCCCCGACGAGCGCUUCCCCCUCAUGGCCACGCCCAACCUGUCGCGGCGCAACACCAACCGCAACAACAGCUGCAGCAGCACGGGCAGCGCCGCGCUGAUAUGACAGCGCCCCCCGCCCGCCCCCCUCCCCCGCCCCGGUACUGCACCCCCACAGUGCCUCCCCGGACGGAAAGACCUAGAAAAACACACACCGCCGUAGCCACGCGUGCUAGAAAAGGGAGGAGGGGGGGAAACCGCACGCCCUACUCCCUAAACGUGUGACUCGUUUCGAAAGUGAGACUUUGAAAGCCCGACGGUUUGGGAGACAUGGAUGAACAAUUUUGGGAACCACUACUUCUGCACUCCUGUUGUUAUACCUUUAGCUAGCCCCCCCCCCCCCUUACCUCUUGAACCCUGGACCUCCUCCUAAACCACUAGUCGCUCACACGCUCUUGUUGAAAUUGUAGAUGAUGGUAAUGACUCUUCAGUGGUAAUUCUCCCAUCCU